CCUUCAUGCCAAAACAUUGCUUUCUUCUUGUAUUAUACAUUGAGCCACUCUCUCUCCCAUUUCAUUACAUAAAUCUUCUUUCCAAGAUUAAGCACAUAAUUUGAAUUGUGCUGCCUAGCUAUAGAUAUAUCUUGUUUCUUGCAUUGUUCUUUUGGUUGUUUUUCCUAUUUAGUUCUAGUACUUGUCUUGGUGGUAUAUAAAGAGAAAACAAGAAGAUGUUGAAGAGCAAAGCAAGUAAAUUCUUGAAGAAAAUAACAUUGGUGUUGGCAUCAAUGGCCAAGGCUAAAACGUUAGCUCUCAAGAACAAAACUAAUGCUUUGAGAACUCGGUUGAUGAUAUUCUCUUUGUUAAGAGACAAGAAGAUUCUGAUGAGCACCAUAUCACAGAAGCUCCAUGCUUUGGCGGGUCAGCAAGAGCAUGACAAGCAACAACAAGAAGAAGGAGAAGAUAGCAUUGAAGAUCAGAGCAAGGCUAUAGUACUUUACAAUCACAGCACCAUGUCCGUCCCUAAUCCUAGCCAAACUGAGCUGCUAGAGAAUGCGGACGAUGGACAGGGUAAUGGCUAUUUUUACGGCUACGGCUAUGGAUAUGAAGAAGUGGAUGGUGAUGAAGAGAAGUUUCCCGACCUGACACAUUCUUUAUUUGACUCUGAAGAUCUUGACUUUGAAGAUCCAGGAGGAUCAGUGAUAGAAUUGGUAAAGAAUUCAAAGAAAGAAGGUGAGGAAUUCAGUUUGGAAGAUGAGAUUGAUCAUGUGGCAGACUUGUUUAUAAAGAGAUUCCAUCGCCAGAUGAGGAUGCAGAAGCAACUUUCGAUAAAGAGGUAUCAGGAGAUGCUUGAAAGGAGUGCUUGAAUGAUAUAACUAAUUAACUUUGAGACCAUAAAAUUUAAAGGAUUCUUCUUUAUCAAGAAAAGAAUUCAGAUUCCACAGCUAGACAAAGCCAAGGCUUUUUUUUUCUUUGCUGGAUAAAGGCAUGCUAGGCUGGAGGGGAUACAUGAUAUGGUUGCAGCUUAACUAAAUUUCUUCUGUUGAAGGGUAUAUGGUUUUCAGCUGUACAUUUUAUACUACUGAUAUAAUAUGUUGGAUCAAUCAGAAUGAUAUUAGAAGCUGUUUUUCUUCUUGAUUUAACUCAGAGAAUAAAAACAUAGCAAAGCCCAGUUUUAUAAGGCCAUUUAUGUGUGGUCACCCUUGGAUAGAUUUGUUGUCUUCUAAUCAAGCCAGUUCUUCCUUUUUGUCUUAGAUAAUAGUGAAAGCUUGGACAGAGAGACCCUGAUUAACCCCACCAGGCUUAACUUUGUGCAAUUUAAGAAUAUCAAAUAAAGAGUUCAUGGGUUCUACUUUUUCUUCA